UUAAAGGAGGAAAAAGGAGAGAGGGCUCGAGAGAGAAGGAUGGAUAAAGAAGGGAUAGAGAAAGAAAGGAGUAUACAGACAGGGAAAAGGGACAAUGAAUGAGGGUGAGAAGAGAGUAAGGGAUACAGGGAGGGAAGGAGAGCAGAUGCGAGGAGACCAAGGGUAGGAGAGGGAGCAAGUCACAGAAGAAGAGGGCGAGCCCAGGCAGAAAGGGAGAGCGGGAGGGAGGCAGAACAGAGGGGAAAGGUGUGGAGAAGAUCUUCGAGUUUGCCAGCACUCUGGGCACUGGCCAAUUGUCAACAACUUUUCCUUUUUGAGCCUCGGCUUCUCAGGAUGGAUGUCCCAUGCCAGUUCUCUGAGACCUGCAGCAACCCCUGCAUGGUGUCCCCCCCCGCCCCCCUCCGGGUCGGGCAUUGGAUUGGUCCGGGUUAUGGAAUACUGGCAUGGCCGUUGUCCAUUCAGAAUCUUUGGUUUGAGUUGCUAGGUAGGCGGUUCCUGUUUGUUUGUUUGUGUGUUCCCCGGAGAGAAAUGGACUCCCUCUGCUCUAGCUUCUGAGACAAACAUUUUAGCGUUUUACAGUGAUUUUGCACAAUGGAAAAUCUAAAAAGUGAGGCAAGUGCUCAUUCUGAAGAACCGAAAACCUUAGGGGCAGCAUUCUCAAAAAGGAAACUUACAGUUAUUAAAGAAUAUACUAGCUCUGAUGGUGAACAGAUUAUGGACAAAUAUAUAAGUGAAUUUCAAUCAGAAGAAAAUUCAGAAAAUAAUAUUGUUUCUUUGAAAAGCUUCACUGAAGAUACUGUCAGCGUACAAUCAAUACCAUUACAGAAACCAUAUUCAGAAGAUGAUUUUCAAAAAUUUGAAGUUAGGAACAGCAAACGUAGAAUUAAAAUUGGAACUCACAGAAAACGUGUUGGGAAAGAGCUACAUAGAAUUGUGAGUUGCACAGCUUGUGGACAACAUAUGGACCAUUUUCAGAAGGAGUCAAUAUAUCAACAUCCUGCACUGAACGUUCUUAUUUGUAAGAGCUGCUACAGAUAUUAUAUGAGUGAUGACAUAAGCCGUGAUUCUGCAGGAAUGGAUGAGCAAUGCAGAUGGUGUGCAGAAGAUGGAGACUUAAUUUGUUGUAGCAAUUGCCAUAAUGCUUUUUGCAAAAAUUGUAUCUGGCGUAACCUCGGGCAAAAGGAGUUAUCAAAAGUAAUGGAGGAACAAAAGCAGUGGCAUUGCUAUAUUUGCCAACCUGAGCCUUUGUUAGAUUUGAUUAUUACAUGUGACAGUGUGUUUGAGAAUUCAUCACAUUUGAUACAACAGAAGAAAAAGCAGGUAACGUUUGUAAGUGAUGAAAAGAUAUGUGAUUACCCACAUGAAAUCCACUCCCUGCAAAAAGAUAUAUAUUGUGCUGAAGAGAACAUCCAGUUAGAUGAUUCUUCCUCUAGUUCUAUAACUUUUUUUCUCCCAUCAUUAAUACUUCCAAAAGAUUUGAUUAUGAAGACAAAAAAUCUAGUUGAUAGCACUAUAAAUAUGAACUAUAAUUUCCUUAAAUUUUUGGAAAGAACAGCCAAUAAUCCACAAAUUAGCUCAGCUGUGAAGUUAAAUCAAUUGAGAGAUUUACAAUCUUUGAUGCAUGAUAUCAGAAACAGUUAUGAGACAUUAGAUGAAUACUUGAACAAGGAGAUAAGCAGCUUGCUUGUUAGAGAUAAGGAAGAAAAUGUUUUAAGAUACAUAAGUGAGACUACAGAAAAAUAUCUUGAAAUUGAAAAUGUAGGUGAAAAUCUUAAGUAGAAAAUAAAUUUAUUAUGAAGACAAAAAGUUUUUACUUGACACAACUAGUAUAGAAAUAGCAGUUUCUACAACUGAAGAAUUACAGUAUGAAUGUGCAAGUACAUCUUAAUCUGUAGAGAUGAACAUUGGAUCUAUUCCUUCUUCAGGAUCUAAAGAUAUUUUUGAGAUUCUGAAAUCAUUUGUUAAUAUCUAGAAUGUGUAGUUGGAAUGUUGUAGCCUAGGACUAUGUUCCCUAGAAUUCCUUCCCUCUGUGUCCUCAUGUAUGUUUUUACGUUGGGUUGUUAAAAGUUUCUGUAACCACACCUUUGGUCUCUUUUUUUCCCUGCUAAUGCAGCUAGAAAAACACUCUUUUCUCUCUCUCACUUUCCUUCAAGUUAUAAUUAUUAAUAAACCUUAUUAAAAUAA